AUGGUGAAGUUGUUUGUGGGUGGUUUGCCAGAUGGCGUUGACUCAAUGCGACUUCGGCAACUUUUUUCUCAAUUCGUUGUAGUUAACGAAUGUGAUGUGAUCAAGGAUUACGCUUUUGUUCAUGUGCCGGAGGAAUCCGAUGCACGAACAGCUAUUGAAAAAUUGGACGGUUAUAUCUUGGAAGGAAAAGCGAUUAAUAUACGAAGGUCGACGUCGAAGUUACGGAAGGAACCGGGUAUGGAUAAACGUUGCUAUCGAUGUGGAGCAGUUGAUCACAAAACACCACAGUGCCCAAGUGAUCCUGCAAAUAUUAAUUUGAAACGUGUAGCUAAUGCAAGCAUAGGUGGUCCAGAGCAGAAACGUUUUGUUGGAGAUGGAGUCGUAGCUGGAGAGUCUCCGUCUUACGCACCAGGACAUGAUGCUGGUGCACCUAGUGCAUUUGCGUAUGCUGCAGGUUCGGGUACUCCUGCAGCACGGAUUGAUCCAGACCCUGAAUUACCGCGCCCCUUAGAUAGUGAUUUAUUUCCAUUAUACGAGCAGUAUAUGGAAUCACGAACGAAAUAUUUUUAUUUUCGAGAUCGGCUAACGAAGGAAGUGAAAGCUCGAGCCCAUGCAUUACCGUCAAUAUCAGUUGCACCGCUCCAGGCUCCAUAUGCCAACAACAAUGUUUACAGCACUCCCCCGCCAACGGCUCUACAGUAUACCGUGCAACAGAAUUCAUCUCUGGGAUCAACUUCAGCGGCGACAGUGACUUAUCCUUCGACAACGGGAGCAUCACAUUUUUAUGCAAAUGCAGUAAAUACAAGUACUGCAGGAGCAGCUUAUCCUAUUGUACAACCUCUUUCUCAGCCAACUCGUUUAUACUAA